AGAGGGAGAGAGAGAACGCCAGCUAGGAGGAGGAGGAGAAAAAGACGAACAAGUGUCGCACAGGCGGAUGAAAAGUUCCCAAACAAGCUUCAAUUCCACACGAGUUCGGUGGCGGAGGAAAAGUUAGAAGUUCACAAGCGACUGGGACGAGAAAGGGACGUCGCAGGACGGCGAAAGAGUCGACAUUGGACGAGAUUCCACAGCGGGAAUGUCGCUCGCUCGCUCGUGGGAGUGUUGAGACGCAGCCGAGGAAAAGCGUCGAAGCUUCGGGUCUUACAAUCUGGACGGCGUGAUGCGGCGCUGAGGAGGCGGCGUGUGGCUGCGCUGUGACGUGAUUACGAUGGGGAAGGAGCAGGACCUCCUGCAGGCGGUCAAGAGCGGGGACCUGUCGUCCACGCACAAGCUUCUGUCCAAGCUGAAGAGCGGCAGGAGCAAACUUUUAGGAUCCACAAAGAGACUCAACGUCAACUACCAGGACACCGACGGCUUCUCAGCGCUGCACCACGCCGCGCUCACGGGCACCGCAGAGCUGCUGGCGGCGCUGCUGGAUGCGCAGGCCGCCGUGGAUGUCAAGGACAGCAAUGGAAUGCGCCCGCUGCACUAUGCAGCGUGGCAAGGCAAGUCGGAGUCGGUCCUGCUGCUUCUGCGUUCGGGAGCGUCCGUCAACGGCGUCUCGCUGGACGGGCACAUCCCGCUACACCUGGCCGCGCAAUACGGCCAUUACCAAGUGUCGGAGACGCUCCUGCAGCACCAGUCCAACCCGUGCGUCGUCAACAAGGCCAAGAAGACGCCGCUCGACCUCGCCUGCGAGUUCGGACGCGCCAAGGUGGCCCAUCUGCUUUUGAGUAGCAACAUGGCGCCAUCGCUGCUGGAGUGCGAGCGUAAGGAGGCGAGCGACGCGGCGUUCACCACGCCGCUGCACCUCGCCGCACGCAACGGCCACAAGGACGUCAUCGGGCUGCUGCUGAAGGCAGGCAUCGACAUCAACGCCACCACCAAGUCGGGCACCGCCCUGCACGAAGCCGCCCUCUAUGGAAAGACGGAGGUGGUGCGGCUGCUCCUGGAUGCCGGCGUGGACGUGCACAUCCGAAACACGUAUAACCAGACGGCACUGGACAUUGUCAACCAGUUCACGACCUCGCACGCCAGCAGAGACAUCAAGCAGCUGCUCAGAGACGCCACGGGGGUCCUGCAGGUAAGAGCGCUGAAGGACUUGUGGACUCUCCACGAUCCGACCGCCCUCAACGUCCGCGCCGGGGACAUCAUCACGGUUCUGGAGCAGCACGUGGACGGCCGUUGGAAGGGUCACAUCCACGACGGGCAGCGCAGGACCGACCGGGUGGGCUUCUUCCCGCCCUCCAUCGUGGAGGUCAUCAGCCGGCGCGGCGGUGGCGGGGGCACCCUCUCCCGGCACGCCUCCCUGCCCGCUCAGCGCCAGUCCAGAGCCCCCCUAUCCAUCGGCCUCGGCUCGGGCCCUCACGCCGACGAUUCCUACUCCCCGUGCGCCCCCCUCACCCUGGCCGCAGGAGACCGCAGCAGCGUGGGCAGCAGCGAGAGCGUGGGCAGCACACGCAGCGCCGGCAGCGGCCAAAGCACCGAAAGCAACAACAACAACACGCUCAACAACAACAACACGGUGACCAACGCGCACAACGGGAUAGCGCACCCCGCUGCAGCCGGUCACCACGACAACAAGGCGGCGCCUCCUACGGCUGAUUGUGGACCCUUGCUCUUGAGCAAGCAGCCUCAGCAUCACGCAGGUGGUGUGUCCCCCCGCAGGCCGACGGUGACGGUGCAGCAAGCGACGGAGCAGACCUUUGCCCAGCAGCAGUUUUUUCGCCCUCAGCAGCUGCUGGACGGCAAGGACGCCGAGGCCAUCUUCCAGUGGUUGAGUGACUUCCAGUUGGAGCAGUACGCGGGGAACUUCAUCAGUGCCGGUUACGAUGUCCCCACUAUCAGCAGGAUGACGCCUGAGGAUUUGACGGCCAUCGGCGUGACCAAACCGGGACACCGCAAGAAAAUCUCCAUGGAGAUCAACAAGCUGAACAUGCCCGAGUGGCUUCCGGAGUACAUCCCGUCGGACCUUGGCGAGUGGCUCAGCGCUAUUGGCCUACCGCAGUACCUGAAAAGACUCUCGGAAAAUGGCUACGACAGCAUCGGCAUUGUCAAAGACUUGACAUGGGAAGACCUGCAAGAGAUUGGCAUCACUAAACUGGGCCACCAGAAGAAGUUGAUGUUGGCGGUGAAGAAGCUCUGCGACAUCCACAGGGCGAUCCUUCAGGCAGAGUCCAGCCAGGGAACGUUGCGCCGCAAGGCUCCCGGAGCACUGCACGUGGUCGCCAUUGACCCACCGGACGCCGGGGUGGAGUGCUCGUCCCCCCGCACGCCAAAGACAAUGAUGACUUUCCUGGACAGCGACCUGAGCGCGGAGCUGCAGUCGGCCAUGUCUGGCCACUACGCGGACUGCGAGGACGGCCCGUUCGUCAGGAACGGCGUAAGCUCGUCCUACGGCCAGGAUGGCGAGGAAGCUCGGUGUCGAGGUUCCGGACGCUCCCAGGAACUUCCCACUGCCUCCGUCACCCCCCACGGCUGGUCCCAGGAGAGCCUGGACAGCAGCCCUGCCAGGGACAGGAACCUCCCCGAGGGCUGGGACCAGAGACCAGUCCACAAGCUGGUUCCUCUGGGAAUGGCCACAGUCUUCAAGUACCCCGCCGUCCCUGGCAAACCCAAAAUGUCCCGGUCUCACGGCUCGUCUCCUCACGGCUCGCCGGCGUUAAAGGGCUUCAGCUACCUGCACGCUCACUGCGGCUCCGCAGAUCUCAAUGUGUUCGCCGGACCCCGGGAGCAUGGCCGGGCUCUGGCGCCUCCCAAGAAACGAACCCACAGUCUGAACCGCCACGCUCUGUCGGACGGAGAACCAGACGAGGACGACGAGGAGCCGGCGCUUCCAUGUCGAAACGUCCCUUCGUACGCGACACUGAGCCGCAAAGCUGGCCGCUCUCAGACGACUCGGACACAGUCCAGUCCAGACAAAAGCACCAAGGUAGGCCGCAGUCAGUCAUUUGCCGUGCGAGCGCGGAAAAAGGGACCCCCGCCGCCCCCUCCCAAGAGACUGAGCUCAGUGAGCAGCACCACCAGCGGCGAGCUGAGCGACAGCAGCAUCGCGUCGUCGUCGGGCGCCGGUAGCCUGGUGACCGAGCCGUUGAGCAGCAUUACGAACGACAGCGGCGGCGCUUCGUCAUCGGGCAGCGACGGGGGCGUGGUGACCGACAGUCCGGGAAGCGUCAGGAGCAUCGCUGCCUCCCUGAAAGGAAGCACAGAGACCCAAAACCCUCCGGAUGCCAAAGGUGACCCCGAUCCGCAGGCUCCGCCCGCCCCCGAGUCCAAAGAGACCCCGGGGGUGAGUAGGAGUGUGCGGAGCGAGCGCGAGCCAGACAUAGGCGACAAGUCGGACACUGAAGAAGCUGACUCGCGGUCCCCUCACAACAGCUCCAGCGAGUGCAUCCCCUUCGCCGAGGAGGGAAACCUGACCAUCAAGCAGCGGCCCAAAGCCGGGGCCCCGGGACCCCCCAGGGCAGAGGCCGCGCCGCAGCCUCCGGCUGCCAAGGACCCCGAAGUGCCCGAAUUCAACCUGAAAGAGUCGGACACAGUCAAGCGGCGACACAAACCCAAAGACAAGGACGAAGGAUCCCCCUGCAGAGACCCGGCCGAGGCCAACGAGGGGAACCCGGAGGAAGGCUUUUUGAGGGUGGACGGAGGGUUCCCCAUCAAACCUCUGCUGCCCGCGAAACCUCCGCUCGUGGCCCCCAAACCUGUACGACACAGCCUGUUGGCGGCGCAAGCUGGACUCGGCUCUCCGACGGUGAGCGUCAGCGUGGUCCAAAGUCUGGCGUUCGGCGCCGCGUCGUCCUCGUGGGCACGUGGGGCGGCGACGGCCUCCCCCGUCUCUCUUAGCCCCGCCCCCUCCUCCCCGUCGGUCGCCAGAGUCCAGGCCUCAGGGGGGCCCGGUGGGACGGAGGUGGUCCAGCAGAGACUGGAGGAGACCAGCACGUCUCUGGCGGCGGCCCUCAAGGCCGUGGAGAGGAAGCUGAUCCUGGACCGGGACCAGGGGGACAGCAGAUUCAACACGGUCAAGUCUGCAGGAAACAUCUUGGACGACAUCGGGAACAUGUUCGACGACCUGGCCGACCAGCUGGACGCCAUGUUGGACUGAAGGCGCCCUUCAAAAUAAAAUCUCAGGAAGUGACACGAGGACAAACGGCAGCACUUCAUCAACAGGGUGGAGGUGCUUUUAUUGUGAAGUGCUAAUAGGAACAGGAAGUAGACAGCAACUAUUAAUUCUGUACCUCGUGUGAUGUCACUUCCUGAAAAUUAAAGUUGUUAUUGCAGUAAAACCUUUGGACGGAAACCAGGAGACCACAUUGACGUGUUACGCGCGCGUGUGCGCACACACACGCACGCAUUCAUUAAAGCUCAAAGCAGCCGAUAUGGUCCAGUCUGCGUUCCGUUCGAUGCAUGUGAUUUUGAAGAAGUAAAACACUGGAAAGAAAUGACAGCAAACAUUUUAUUUUGUAAAGAGGAAAAGACCUCCUCCUCCCGUCCAAACAUUUCAAACUUGUUCUUGUUUCCUCCGACGACGCCAACGAACGUGUUGGAAAAGAGUCAAAGGAGUUGAUUCCUUUCCACGAGCGCCAUCUAAACUCUUUCCUUGCCAUCAGCAAGCCUCAUUGAGUGUUAUUGGGAUGAUUAUUACCAUGCUAACUGCGUACGCUAGGCUAUGUCCACUAGCACGUUUGCCCGUUCACUUUCAGGUGGAUGAUGUCUAUUUGCCGAAGCUCAUGUUUCUCACUAACAUGAUUGUUGCGUUGAUUAGUCUGCCGCAGCAAUUCCUACAGGGAAAGAGUUAAUAAGAUGCUUUUAAAAGGGAAGCGCAAAGAUUUUAUUUUAUUGUAGUAUUUAAUGCUUAUUUGACAGAAAUUUAUUCAACCAAAGUCUUUGUACAUAUUAUUAAUGUGUUUAUAAUAUUUUUGGAUGUAUUCCGCACGCCGCUCUUGAUCCGUGACCCUCGCGGGACGGUCACAUGACCUCGGCCGUCCCGCUCGCACACGUGCCCAAUAACCCUCGCACGUUUGUCCUUUUGAUACAUCAAAUGAAUUAAAAGAAAAUAUGAUUCUUAUUAUUA